AAAGGGCUCUGAUAUAUGAUCGAAAGAUUCUAUUUUCUCUGUCGCUAUACUCACUGUAAUUUUGCUUAGUACAUGGCUGACCCUAAACCUUACUAUGAUUCUAAUCGAAAUCAUGCUGCUUCACAAUACCAAAACCCGAAUCAAGCUUCAGCUUCAGUUCCCCUUCUUGCUCAGGCUCCGGCUCCGGCUACGUCUACCGUUGCUGCCUCUACCCCUAGCUCUCCUCACCAAUUGAUGCAUAAGAAUCGAUUACAAGAGUACACACAAAAAUCUUCCUUACAAUUACCAAUAUAUCAAACCGUCAAUGAAGGACAUCAACAUGCGCCUAGAUUUAGAUCAACUGUGAUAGUGGAUGGAGAACAAUACACUUCCCCAAAUACUUUUGCACAUAGAAAGGGAGCUGAACAAGAUGCUGCAAGAGUUGCUAUGGAAUGUAUACUAAAGAAAACGAAGGAUGAAGGAUGUCCAUUGAUUUAUGAGGACAAAGUGUUUUGCAAGUCUAUCUUAUAUGAAUAUGCAGUCAAGAUGCAAAUAGAAAAGCCUAUGUACAACACAUUUCAGCCACAAGGGUUGUUUCCAAUUUUUGGAUCCACUUUGGUUUUUAAUGGUGUGACCUAUACUGGUGACACUGGUAGAACCAAGAAAGAGGCUGAACAAUUAGCAGCCCGUUCUGCGAUCCUCUCUCUUAUGGGGAAUCCUGUAUCAAGUGCAAUUAUUUCUGAAAUAAUCAAGUCCAAAUCCAAAUUAUAUGCUUCAUUGUAUAAGUUUAAAGAAUCCCAACUUGAUGCUCAACUUGAUUCCCAAUCCCAACUUGAUGCUCAACAUGGCAUUGUGCCUGCAGUCAAUAAAAAUAAAGAAGCUGAAGUUGUUUUGGUUGGUAAUAAUGUGCCAUUGCGUGCGAUUCCACAACCCACAUCUCCACAACCCCAUGCACAAAAUAGCACUGUGCCUGCAGACAAUAAAAGUAAAGAAGCUGAAGUUGUUUUGGCUGGUAAUAAUGUGCCACCUCAUGCAAUUCCAGAAGCUAUAUCUGGGAUGUGUCCAUCACAACCCCAUGCUCAAUAUAGCAAUGUGCCUUCAGUCAGUAAAGAUAAAGAAGAUGAAGUUGUUUUGGUUGGUAAUAAUAGGCCACUGCGUGCGAUUCCUCAAGCCACAUCAGGAAUGCAUCAUUCACCCCAAGCUCAAUAUAGCACUGUGCCUGUGGUCAGUGAAGAUAAAGAAGCUGAAAUUGUUUUGGUGGGUAAUAACGUGCCAAUGCAUGCAAUUCCACAAGCCACAUUGGGAAUGCAUCCUCCCCAUCACGAGUUCACCAUACGAAAACAAGAACUAACCUUAAGGGGAAUUGCAUUUGUACAGCCAGUUUCAGGACAGCCUUUGGAUGCUAAUCCUAGUUCUGGGAGAAAACGGAAAAAAACUAGAAGAAAAGCUAACAAGAAAAUGCGAAAUGAACCUCAGUUGCCUAUCAAUUCAAUUCCUUUUAGUCAGGCCUCACCUUAUCCUGUAGCUUGAUAAUAAGCUCAGAUUUCUGUUGUAUGUUUUCUUGGCUGUGGAUGAAAACUCUCAUGUAUAUUUUCAGGAUAUACGCUAGUUUUAACCUUCAGUUUCAGUUAGUAGCAAUUGAUGUUAAAGGGUCGGAACCUUGGUGAAAGGUUCUGACUCGAACUGAAGAGAAAAUUUUAAUCAUCUAGGUAGUUUCUCUCUUUAACAUAUGUAUCUGAAUAACAAGUAUUAUUGUUUUUGUAUUUCUGUCAGGCUAUUGUUAUUUUUUUUAUCA